GCUGAUAACUUUGCAAAAUCUGAAGAAGUGAAAUCACUUCAGUCUGUAAUUAAUUUAUUAGCCCCAAGAUACUCUGACAAUAAUCAAUCAGAUUCACUUGUAGCUGGUAGUGAAAAAAUUGAUGAGCCAGAGAGGGUUAAUACUUUUAAUACAAUUAUUCCUAACACAUUUCUAGAAGGACUAGAUAGUUCUAUACAAGAAUUGAAAAAUAAUAGCAUGAAUUUGAAGACUGUUUUCUCAGAACCAAUCUUACUUGCUACUUCGACAAACAAGAUUUUAUUAGGUGGUGCAGAAAGGAUGGGGACCUGGCCAAGCCAUCAGCAAUUGGCAUCUCCAGCAUAUCCAAGACCAACUGUAUGA